AUGGAACAAAAAAAACCUUUAAAGUACGGUCUUAAUAUAGUCAGCUCUAAAAAGACACCCACAAAAAGAAUUUCAAUCUUUACUGAAGAGGACAUUAAUAAUGAAGAGGAUUCUAACAUUAAUACGAGUUCUAAUAAAAAUAAAUAUACAAAAACUGUUAAUCAGCAGUUAUUAUCUUCGAAUUCAAUAAAUCAGUCAGUUCAAGAAAAGUAUAAAGCAGCUUUAGAAGAAGAUCCUACCGUGUUUGCAUAUGAUGAAGUAUAUGAUGACAUGAAAAGCGUUGAACGAAAAAGAAAGGAAGAACUUAAAGAGAAAAACGAUGGUAGCGCCAAAAAGCCUAAAUAUGUUGAAGAUAUAUUAAAAGCUGCGGAGGUCCGACAACGAGAUUAUAUUCGUGCACAAGAACGUAAAAUUCAAAAAGAACGAGAGGCUGAAGGGGAUGAAUUUGACGAUAAAGAAACUUUUGUCACAUCAGCAUAUAAGGCACAGCAAGAGGAAUUGAGAAAGGCAGAAGAAGAAGAAAAGCUGAGAGAAAAAAAUGAUGGAGUUGGAGGGAAAAAUAUGGCCAGUUUUUAUCGAAAUUUAUUGGACCAAACUAGUUCGGUAAAGGCUGCAGCCAUUGAAGCAAGUCGCUUGGCAUUAUCAUCUAAAAAAGCGGAAAAACGCGCGCGUUCCAGUUCAACAUCCGACAAUUCUGACGAAGAUGAUAACAAACAUUUAAAAACUGAUAAAGAACUUGCAGAUCAAGCACGAGCGACUGGUAAAAUGGUUGUAUUGAAUGAUGACGAACAAUUAGUAGAUAAACGACAACUUUUGUCACCAGGAUUAAAUGUUACCAAAAAGCAAAUAAAUUCAUCAAAAUCGUCGCGUAGCACAGAGUCACGGACAAAUUAUUAUGAUAAAACAGAUAGCGGAAAUAAAUAUAGUUCAAGGAAUAGUAAUGAAAUAAAACGUCGUGAACGACAGAGCAGAGAAGUAGAACGGCAAAUUUUGGAGACUCAACAGAAAAAAGAAGCAGAGGAAAAGGCCCAGGAAGAACAAAUUUUAAAACAAUUUGCAAGAAAGAACGACGAGCAAGCUAUAUCUGAUGCUAAGGCUAGGUAUUUGGCUAGAAAAAAGAAGGCUCAGAUAUAA